AACGAGUCGGUUGGGAGGCGUGUAGCAAUAGUGUUCUGCGGUGGGGUGCUGUAUUACAAUGAGGGACGAACUAGCCAAUGUAAAUCACGACACGACAGUGAGAGGACAGGACAGCAACUGCAGCGCAGUCGCUGCGUAGUCUGGCAGGCUAUUGCCCAGUUUAUUGGAAACAUUGGCUAUUGGGUCAACAAAGGCAGUGUAAAUCUGCUUCGUUGUCAUUUACCAUUACCUAGCAAGAAGACGGAGUAGUCACAUCUGAAAAGCAGAUUAGCUUAACUACGGACGGAGGUGAUUUUCAAAUUAAGAAGAGAUGGAGGGGGAGCAUUUCGAACAGAGGGACCCGGGUCAGAGGCACAGCUCUGGUGGCGCACGAGCUAAUGGGUUGUCCAGUCCACCACAUAGCGCGCACAGCAGCUUGUUCCGCACGCGCACACUAAAGGCGCUAAGUUUAGAGAAGAAGGCAAGGAAGGUGCGGUUCUACCGGAAUGGAGAUCGGUAUUUCGACGGCAUUGUCUGCGCCAUCUCUGUCGACAAAUUUGGAUCUUUUGGUGCACUACUGGCCGACUUGACCCGCUCCCUUUAUGAUAACGUUAACUUACCGCAGGGGGUCCGGACCAUCUAUUCAGUUGAUGGGUUAACAAAGAUCACAUCUGUUGAUCAGCUUGUGGAAGGGGAGAGUUAUGUAUGUGCAUCUAUUGAAGCUUACAAAAAGAUCGACUACACCAAGAAUGUCAAUCCUAACUGGUCUGUGAAUGUGAAGGCCUCAGCCAAUAGUAAACCACCACCUUCCUUGGCAAGUACAAAACUAGGAUCCACUGAGGUGAAGAUGUACAAGGAUUUCAUCCGGCCUAAGUUAGUGACCAUCGUCCGCAAUGGCAUGAAGCCUCGCAAGGCAGUACGCAUCCUGCUCAACAAGAAGACAGCCCACUCGUUUGAGCAGGUCCUCACUGAUAUUACCGAUGCCAUCAAGCUUGACUCGGGUGUGGUCAAGCGGAUCUACACUCUGGAUGGCAAUCAGGUCACAUGCCUUCAGGACUUCUUUGGGGAGGAGGAUGUCUUCCUCGCAUGUGGCUCCGAGAGGUUCCGCCAUCAGGAUGACCUUCUGUUGGACCAGCAUGAGACCAGGGUGGUGAAAGCCAGGAGUGUCGGCCUGUCCCUCCGAAGCCAGUCCACCUCCGGCUCAGUGAAUGGGACUUCAGCAAGUCCAGUGUCGACGACGCCUCAUUCUGUGAAAUCUCCCAGCCCCUCACCAAUCAGCCAAGCCAGCCUGAUAAAACGCAAGGGCUCUACUGGCUCCUCAAUCUCUCUUGACUCUGCAAAGGUCUCCACAGAUGAGGGAGAUGGACAGAUCACUGAUGAACAGACGACUGAUGGACAGAUAAGUGAUGCUGAGGUGGAACCUGAAUUUACCCCUGAGGUUGCCCCUGAAGUUGUCCCUGAGGUGGAUGACUACCCAGUGGUGCCAGCCUCUAUCUCUGACCGGUAUAAAGUUGGGCGCAUGAUUGGUGACGGGAACUUUGCCGUGGUGCGGGAGUGCGUGGAGUAUUCCACCGGACGGGCAUACGCUCUGAAGAUCAUCAACAAGGGCAAAUGUCGGGGAAAGGAGCACAUGGUCCAAAAUGAGGUGGCCAUCUUGAGGAGGGUGAAGCAUCCAAACGUUGUGCUGCUGAUCGAAGAGAUGGACACAUACAGUGAACUCUACCUGGUCAUGGAACUGGUCAAGGGGGGAGACCUUUUCGAUGCCAUCACCUCAGCAAACAAAUACACAGAGCGCGAUGCCGGUCGUAUGCUGUUCCACCUGGCCAACGCCAUCAAAUACCUCCACAGCCUGAACAUUGUGCACCGGGACAUCAAACCUGAGAACCUGCUGGUUUACGAGCGCCAGGACGGGGCCCAGUCUCUGAAGCUGGGGGACUUUGGCUUGGCCACGGUUGUGGACGGACCUCUCUACACUGUGUGUGGCACCCCAACUUAUGUAGCACCGGAGAUCAUAGCAGAAACCGGGUAUGGCCUUAAGGUGGACAUCUGGGCAGCAGGAGUCAUUACGUACAUUUUGCUGUGUGGUUUCCCCCCCUUCCGUGGAAGCAAUGAUGACCAGGAGACGCUGUUUGACAACAUCCUCUUGGGACAGCUAGAAUUCCCCCUCCCAUACUGGGACAAUGUCUCAGACUCUGCAAAGGAGUUGAUCAAAUCCAUGCUGCAGGUAGAGGCGGAUCAGAGAUACACAUCUCUGCAAGUGCUGGAGCAUCCGUGGGUCAAUGAUGACGGCAUGUCUGAGAAUGAGCACCAGCUGUCUGUAGCAGGGAAGAUCAAGAAGCACUUUAACACCAGCCCCAAACCCAACAGCACGCUGGACCAGGAGCUUGCUCUCCAGAGGUCUGGCUCUUUGGACUUCUACCAGCACCCGGGCAUGUACUGGAUAAGACCCCCACUCUUGAUAAGGAGGGGCAGGUUCUCCGAUGAAGAUGCCACCAGGAUGUAAGGGGGUCCAGACCAGACCUGCCACCAGACCAUAGAGCCGCCCAGUAGCCACCACCGCUCCCACCUCUUCCCUCUUCCCUCACCCCACACCGCCAUCACAUCAGAGUCUGGAGACUACACCCCAGCGAUCAUCCGACAGGAGGCUACUCUCCCAGCUCUCCCUCCUACAGAGCGUGGAGGGAGUGUGGUGGGAAGACCCAAUGGAAGGGAAGGGUGGAAGGGGUGUACGAGGAUUCGGGUGAUGAGGGAAAACAAAGAGAGAAAGUGACUUUGAGACUUUGUGAGAAACUUACAUUCCAUAAUCACGCUCAGAGAAAUGGGUAUGGGGUGAUCAGGAAAUGUGCUUGUGUGGGGCUGAGGGAGUAUUUACCCUUUUUUAUAUUCUUGUUCAUUGACUUUGUUUACUCUUAGCACUUACCAGACAUACCAUACAUGUAUGGAAUCUUCUGGAAUCUCUCCAUACUAAGCUUACACGCAGCAGUAUUGAGUUUGAUCAUGUAUAGUCAUGUUGAAUAAUGAGUAGUUCAAAGGACUACUUUACAACUACCUGAUUCUCCAUCUAAAAACGUUUACUGUUGUUUCCUUUUUUGAACAUUAUUUUUUUUGCCAUUUACUGUCAUUUUACCAAAAAUACAUGUGAAAAUCGAAUUCAUGCCAACAGAGUGCUCAGUACUAGAUAUUAGUAAACAUUAGGCAAUAGAGGCUUAGAAAUCAGUUCAAUAUUCCAUGGGCAUCCAUUUCCUCUGCUGUCACCUUCGAAAGAUUCAGAGACUCGCCAUACGCAAUAUUUAACCUACCUAUGUAUACCAUUGAGGUGGGAGCAUUUUGUAUGCUAUGUACAUAGUAUUAUUCUUAUUAUUUUAGUAUCCACAAUCUAUUUCUUUAUCUCAGCCAGAGCACAUAAAAAGCAAACCGUUCUUAAUGUUUAUCAGUGUAUACAUGUAGGUAUCAUAAGCCCAAGCAAGCACAAUAGCGUCAACAUUUACCGAGUCCCAUUUGGUAGGUAAGCGCUCAGUUAGUGCGUGUCCAUGCUAACCUACAGGGAGAUCGUGUUUGUCGGGUGGCGAGUAUGCGAGUCACAUUGUCAUGGGUGCAAUCCAGACAGGGCAGCUCUUCAGGGAUUGGACGGAAGA